CUGCUUUUGCGGAUUCUGCGCUGUCUGCUAAAGUACCGGGCGGGAUUUCCGCAAUACGUUCAGUAUGGCGAAGACCUACGAUUAUUUGUUUAAACUGCUGUUAAUCGGGGAUUCCGGCGUCGGGAAGACCUGUGUGCUCUUCAGAUUCUCGGAGGAUGCCUUUAACUCGACGUUUAUUUCGACGAUAGGUAUCGAUUUCAAGAUCAGGACAAUAGAACUAGAUGGCAAGAAGAUAAAGUUACAGAUAUGGGACACGGCAGGACAGGAGCGAUUCCGAACAAUCACAACGGCGUAUUACAGAGGAGCAAUGGGUAUCAUGCUGGUUUAUGAUAUUACUAAUGAGAAAUCAUUUGACAACAUCAAAAACUGGAUCCGAAACAUAGAGGAGCAUGCAUCAGCGGAUGUAGAAAAAAUGAUUUUGGGGAACAAGUGUGACAUCAAUGAGAAGAGGCAGGUGUCUAAAGAUAGAGGCGAGAAGCUGGCGUUGGAAAGCACGGCGUCAAGUUCAUGGAGACGCAGCGCGAAGGCUAACAUCAACGUUGAGAACGCAUUCUUGACGCUUGCCAGAGACAUAAAAGCAAAGAUGGACACGAAAUUGGAGGGGAACAAUCCUCAGAGCAGCAAUCACGGAGUGAAAAUUACCACUGAACAGCAGAAAAAGAGCAGCUUCUUUCGCUGUGUGCUACUGUGAAGACCAAGGCCUUACUGUCCGCCGCCCGUGGGCUGGACACGACUGGACUACGCUCUCCCUCUUAGCACUCCUCCUCCUCCUCCUUCCUCUUUUAUCCCCCCUCUCCUUCUCUGUCGCGCUCUUCUUCCAGCCCCAGGGCAGUCGGAGCUCCUGGCUCCUCUUCUCUUCUUCCAUUGACAGAUUAGCGAUGCCGCUUCCUCUCGCUCACGACCCUUCCCCGACGAAACCGCGGUGGGGGAGCAUCGGUUCUACAAGUCAAGGUGAAGAACUGGCUCGGAAACACGCACCUAAAGAAGAUCCCACGUCUUUGUUUCAAUCGCUCGUCUUGAGCGCACAACUGCCAAAAUUGAUCCAUUCCUUCGCGGCGACCCGGAAGCAGCCGAUCUGAUAUUGAGCCGUUUUGAGAGUUACGUGGGAUUUUUAUUUUUUUUUUCUCUAUCAUUCCGUUUUAUUUUCGGCAUUCUUCGACAAUCACAUGACCUUAUUGCAAGUAGAGGAAUAUUAUAACCCCCUUUCUUUUAUUUAAAAAAAAUAUAUAUAUUUCUCUGUUUUUGUCCCCGGUUUUAUUUUUCAGACCUGUUGCGCAAAAGUGUUGCAUUCGCAGACUAGCUGCAGUCAGAUGAUCCAGCUUUUUUUUUUUUCAUUACAUUUGCCGCCUCGUUAAAACUAACCUCCUUUUUUUUUUUUUUUUUUUAACACGCACACAAAGCUAUUUCCAAAUAGUUCAGUUUUUUAUGCAGUAGCGCUAGCUUUCGUUUUAACAUUCCUUCGAAUAAAUCCAGAACUCAGGUCUUGCUUUAUGACGACCUGACGCGUUCAAAGCGUUCUUUGAUUUAAAAACGCUUGGAUUGAAUCGACUAGAAUCAAGCGAAACUGACACGCGGCCCUUGAUAGGAAGCGGAAAUCCCGAGUUUGUAGUAUUAACAGACACGCGUAACCAAAAGCAAUGAGAAAGGGUGACUUUGUGACCUGAAAAGCAGAGCUACGCUUGAGCAAGCGCCUCCCGUAUACAGAAGUCCAUGCACUUUAUCAGUAUCUUUUGUGUUGUGUGUAGUUUGUGCCAAGUGAUAGUUUUGCAUCGUAAAAAAAGAGGCGUUUUUACAUGGUUACGUGGAGUGUGACCUGCCGAAUUCGUGUUCGUUUUGAGCCGUUUUCUACCGAUCGGAAGCCAAAGCUGGUUUCAUGCAUUGGCUGCCAUUGGUCCAGUUCGAAUAAACGGCCUUCAAUCGGUUCAUAUUUCUCGUGUGUUUGCGAACG